AUGGCUCAUUUUGUAGCAGAUGAUGGAAGUAGAACAGGAGACUGGGCUCUCUCUGUCUCACUCUUCCUCUGCUUCUCAGCAGCCAAUGCCACGAGAUACGUCCCAGAAGAGAGACGUAGAUCAGUGAGAUCAGUGAAAUCAGGUGAGUCACCGCCGAGAUCAAUUUGGUGGGCAACCAGGUGGAGCGUAGAUCGGAAACAGGCGGCUGCUUCAGAGAGACGGCCAUCUGUGGUCAGUUGCAUGGCCAGGGCGUAG